CUGGGUGUGGCGGUGAGGGACGCUGGGAUUAGCAGGGCCAAGCCUGACUAAACCUAUGGCAAAGAGACAGAGCAGCACAAGUUCUCUUGCAUGACUCUACUACCAUGGACCACAUCAUCUGCUGCCUGCUGGUGCUGGGAGCCACAGUGAUGAUCACUCACGCCUGUCCUAAGUACUGCUCAUGCCAGAAUCUUUCUGAGUCUCUUGGGACAUUAUGUCCCUCCAAAGGCCUUCUCUUUGUGCCUCCGGACAUUGACCGCAGCACAGUUGAGCUCCGACUAGGAGGCAACUACAUCCUUCGUAUCACGCAGCAGGACUUCGCCAACAUGACAGACCUGGUGGACCUGACCCUCUCCAGGAACACAAUCAGCUACAUCCAGCCCUUCUCCUUUGGUGACCUGGAGACACUGCGCUCGCUUCAUAUGGACAACAACCGGUUAACGGAGCUGGGUCCUGAUGACCUGCGAGGUUUGGUCAACUUGCAGCACCUCAUUGUCAACAACAACCAACUUCGACGUAUUCAUGACAAGGCCUUCGAGGACCUGGCACCAGCUUUGGAGGAUCUGGAUCUUUCCUACAAUAAUCUGAUUUCUUUACCCUGGGACUCAGUGCGACAGAUGAUCAACCUACACCAGCUCAGUCUGGACCACAAUCUGUUGGACUUUAUUCCAGAAGGCACCUUCACUGAUCUGGAAAGACUCGCUCGAUUGGACCUUACCUCGAAUCGUCUGCAGAAGUUACCCCCCGACCCCAUCUUUGCCCGGGCACAGGACUCAAUGAUCCUGACCACUCCUUAUGCUCCUCAGCUGUCUCUCAGCCUGGGUGGGAACCCUCUGCACUGUAACUGUGAGAUGCUGUGGCUACGGAGGCUUGAGAGAGAUGAUGACCUGGAAACUUGUGCCUCCCCUCCUACCCUGAAGGGUCGUUACUUUUGGAAUUUAAAAGAGGAGGAGUUUGUCUGUCAGCCUCCACUCAUUACCCAGCAUACCCACAGAAUGCUGGUUCUGGAGGGUCAGACGGCCAACUUAAGAUGCGAGGCAACUGGAGACCCUUCUCCUACCAUUCACUGGAUCUCCCCCGAUGAUCGGCUACUUCGAAACUCCUCCAGGACGUCGGUGUUCAGUAACGGUACCCUGAGCAUCACCAUAACCACCUCCAAGGAUUAUGGCACCUUUACCUGCAUCGCCGCUAAUGUGGCUGGCGAGUCCACUGCUCCUGUGGAGGUGUCCAUUGUCCAACUUCCCCACCUCAGCAAUGGAACCGGCCAACCAUCAGCUCCAAAGUCCCGUCUCUCUGAUAUCACAGGGACUACAAGGAUCAGCAAGGGGGCUCCCAAGAGCCAACCCGAGAGGAUGGUGUCAGUGUCCGAGGUGACAGCUGUUUCAGCACUGGUCACGUGGACGGUGAGCAAGUCGGCUCCCAAAGUGAAGAUGUACCAGCUGCAGUACAACUGUUCUGAUGACGAAGUCCUCAUCUACAGGAUGAUUCCGUCCUCCAGUAAAGCCUUCCUGGUCACUAACCUGGUGUCUGGGACUCGCUAUGACCUGUGUGUGCUGGCCGCUUGGGAUGACUCAGCCACCACGCUCACCGCAACAAACGUCGUGGGCUGCACCCAUUUCUUCACCCAGGAUGACUACCCACAAUGCCAGUCUCUGCCAAGCCAGCUCCUGGGGGGCACCAUGAUCCUGGUGGUGGGGGGUAUCAUCGUGGCCACGCUGCUGGUCUUCAUCGUCAUCCUCAUGGUGCGUUACAAAGCUGCAGACACAGACCCCCCCAUAGGGAAGUUGACGAGCGUCAGUGAGAUGCACUCCCAGACCAAUGGGGGGCGUCUGGGGCAGAAUGGACUUCUAAUGCCACAGACCCAGCCGCAGCCUCAGCCUGAGGCCAAAGUUAAGGCUAAGGUGACGCUGCAGGAUGAGGUGGUGGAGUUUAAGUGCGGGUCACUGCAGAGCAGCCUCACCUCCUCCUCCUCCUCCUCGGGUUCAUUGGCAGGGGGGUCAUACAGCCCCAACAGUGCCCUUGCAAACAUUUGGAGAUCAGCUCAGGCAAAGCCCCGUGCCAACCUGGACCACCUCCUUGGGGCAUUCACCUCUUUGGACCUACGGGGGGCUCAGGGCAGUGAGCUGGGGGCCUCCAAUAGCACCUCGAACACAGGGACAAGGAAACCGCAAACAGACAGGGAGCCUCUGCUGGGCCGGACUCUGGACUCCAGUCUGAGCCGGCUGCUCAUGCUCCCCCUGGACUCCAAACCAAGGAGGAGUCAGUCCUUCGACAUGGGGGAUGUGACGAGUGCUGCCACUCAGUUGAGCAGCAAACCUCGCAGGAUCAGCAGCAUCUGGACUAAGAGGAGCCUGUCAGUGAACGGCAUGCUGCUGCAAUGUGAGGAGGAGGGGGACACGGGGGGGAGUAAGGGGACACUGGACAGUGCCGACUGGGUUAUGGAGAGCACAGUGUAG